UCAAUCAAUUGAAGAUGAGGAAGUUAUUGGAAGAUAUUCAAAGACACCUAAAGAUUAUACUGGACAACGAACUGCUAAAGCAAUUGUCGAUUAUGCUAUAGCUGAAAUACCAUCUUUUGUGCAUGUUAUUUCUAACGAUUAUAAAAUAAGGAAAGCUUUGACAAUGGAUGAAUUUUUUGCCAAAGAAAACGAGACUGUUUCAAAAGUAGUUCUUUUCACUAAUAAGGAUCAAACAACGCCUCUAUACAAAGCACUUUCUUGCGAAUUUCAUAAUAGACUUAUAUUUGGUGAAGUUAAAGAAAAAGAAUCUGCUAUUGUUGAAAAAUUUGGAAUUAAAGGAUUUCCAAAGUUAUUCGUUGUUCCAACUAGUAGUAAUGAAGCCAUAGAAUUUAAAGAAUAUCCAGAAUCUGUUGCUGAACAUUCUAACAAUCUUGAAAUUCUUCGUAAAGUAAAAAAGAAAUUCCAUGAACAAAGUACAAUUGAUAAAAAACUUAGUUUACGAUUUUUCUGGUUUAAUGCUUUAUCAAAGGAAUCUAAGAAAUUGAUAAAGGAUUUUAAAUUAUCGGAUAUGUUUCCAAAUUUAAUGAUUCUUAAUCCAAAUCGAAAGGUUUAUCGUCCUCAUAUUGGCCCAUUUGAUGAAGAAGGGAUUGAAAAGUUUUUAAAUGAUAUUGCUAAAGGACGUGGAAGUAGUUAUGAGUAUAAUUUUGAUGUUAGUAUGGAAGAGAAAAUCGAAAAGAAGGUGGAGAAGAAAGAUGAAAAG